CACGAUAUAAUUUACGACAAUCAUUUUCCCUUAUUUUUAAAUAAUAAACAAAUACAUAACACCGUGCUUAAGGGUUCUUUCAGUCAACGGUCAACGACCCAAUUUGAACCGUCUCUGCUCAAUUCCGAAACUCAGUUUAUCAUUCUGGGGUUUGCUGUAAUCAAUUGAUUUUCCGAAAGUAAUUACCUUUGAUUUUCUGCUUCUUCUUCUUUUUCUAAUGAAAACCGGAGCUGGGUUCUUAUGGCUCCUUCUCUUAAUAUCGCUUUCUUUCAGAGUCAAAUCCAAGUGUCCCCAGAGUUGUGACUUAGCUUUUGCUUCCUUCUACGUUUGGGAGAAUUCGAAUCUCACCUUGAUAGCUGACCUUUUCGAUACGACUCCUGAAACCAUCGUUAGAUAUAACACUGACCAAGUACCCAACAAGGACAGCAUCCGAUCUACCAUCAGAAUCAAAAUCCCUUUUGCGUGCGAUCGCUGUGUAGCUGACGAGUAUCUUGCCCAUGAGUUCGGGUACAAGGUUAUGACCGGAGACACAUACGAGAAGGUUGUUGCGAACUACUCCGACUUGACGACGGUCCAAUCGUUGAACGACUCUAAUAGCUAUGACCCCAACAUGAUACCGGAUACCGCCACAUUGAACGUGUCGGUGAAUUGUUCGUGCGGAGAUACCCGAAUUUCUAAAGAUUAUGGGCUGUUUAUCACAUACCCUCUUCGACCGGAGGACACUUUAAACUCUAUUGCGACUAGCAAUAAUAUUUCAGCUGAUUUGAUAACGAGGUAUAACCCGGGUGUUCAAAAUUUUAGCCAGGGGAAUGGCAUCAUUUUUAUACCGGGAAAAGAUCUAGAUGGCAGCUUUCGGCCUCUGACUUCUAGCUCAGGACUGAAGGGUGGAAUUAUUGCUAUCAUAGUUGUGGCAGUUGUCGCUGGGGUGUUAUUGGUUGCCACAGGCAUAUAUUACAAAUUUUACCGAAAGAAAGUGGAUGGAAAAUUAAUUGCUUCAGAUUUUGAAGAUCAGUCUUCUCAUCAUUUGUAUGGCCCUGAAAGCACAGAUAAAGCUGCAGUUACUUCUCCUAAUGCUGGUGGCCUUGCUGGUAUAACUGUUGGUAAAUCAGUGGAGUUUUCAUAUGAAGAACUUGCUAAGGCUAGUGAUAACUUCAGUUUGGCCAAUAAGAUUGGAGAAGGUGGUUUUGGGGCUGUUUACUAUGCUGAACUGAGAGGCGAGAAAGCUGCGAUAAAAAAGAUGGAUAUGCAAGCAUCAAAGGAAUUUUUGGCUGAACUGAAGGUUUUAACUCGUGUCCAUCACUUAAACUUGGUGCGCCUGAUUGGAUAUUGUGUGGAGGGCUCUCUUUUCCUGGUCUAUGAAUUCAUUGAGAAUGGAAACUUAAGCCAACAUUUGCGUGGUUCAGAGAGAGAGCCUAUGCCUUGGUCUACUCGAGUGCAGAUAGCCCUUGAUUCAGCAAGAGGUCUUGAAUACAUUCAUGAGCAUACUGUCCCUGUUUAUAUUCACCGUGAUAUAAAAUCAGCCAAUAUAUUAAUAGACAAAAACUACCAUGCAAAGGUUGCCGAUUUUGGACUAACUAAGCUUACUGAAGUUGGCAGUUCAUCUCUUCCCACACGUCUUGUGGGUACUUUUGGAUAUAUGCCACCAGAAUAUGCUCAAUAUGGCGAUGUAUCUCCCAAGGUAGAUGUAUAUGCUUUUGGGGUUGUUAUUUAUGAACUAAUUUCUGCCAAGGAAGCAAUUGUGAAGCCAGACGGUUUAGGUUCUGAAUCGAAGGGUCUAGUUGGUUUGUUUGAGGAUGUUCUUAAUCAGCCCGAUUUUAAAGAACUCCGCAAGCUAAUUGAUCCUAGGCUCGGAGAGAAUUACCCGGCCGACUCGGUUCGAAAGAUGGCCCAGCUUGCUAAAGCGUGCACUCAUGAAAACCCACAACUGCGCCCAAGUAUGAGAUCCAUUGUUGUUGCUUUAAUGACACUUUCAUCAAACACUGAAGAUUGGGAUGUUGGCUCUUUCUAUGAAAAUCAAGGUCUUGUAAAUCUAAUGUCAGGAAGGUAAAAGAAUCUCAUGGUCAAUUAAUGGCUCUCCUAUUGAGUGUUCUUUGUUUUUUCUUUCCUUAGUUAAUAUUACUGUAUAUUCUGAACAUUGCCAAGUUGAAGCUAAUCUAGAAAUAUUUCUAGAUGUGUAUAGGUGAGAGUUGUCGUAGCUAUCACAUAUUUUUUGUCUAAUAAUGUAUCUUUGUUAAUGUGGUGUGCAACUAGUUAAAUAAUUGCAUAAGCUGGAUAAUAUUUUAACUUUGAAGUUAUUUAAUUUAAUUUUAUAUUGAAAUGAGAUAUUUAAUUUUA